AUGGGGAAGCCACGGAUGAUUAUUCUUGUUCGUCACGCCCAAUCGGAAGGAAACAAGAACCGUGAUAUCCAUCAGACCACUCCGGACCAUCGAGUUAAACUCACACCGGAGGGACAUCGACAAGCACAAGAGGCAGGUCGUCGGCUACGUGACCUUUUACGCCCUGAUGACACCUUACACUUCUUCACGUCUCCAUACCGCCGGACGAGGGAGACUACUGAGGGUAUGCUUGAAUCCCUAACUUCGGAUUCGCCCUCUCCGUCGCCGUUCCAACGACACGCCAUCAAGGUCUACGAAGAACCACGGCUGAGAGAACAAGACUUUGGCAAUUUUCAACCAUGCUCCAAAGAGAUGGAGCGAAUGUGGAUGGAGCGGGCAGACUACGGUCAUUUCUUCUACCGCAUUCCGAAUGGCGAGUCCGCGGCCGACGCCUACGAUCGAGUGAGUGGGUUUAACGAGUCCUUGUGGCGGCUCUUCAAUGAGGAAGACUUCGCGAGCGUCUGUGUCCUUGUCACGCACGGUCUCAUGACAAGAGUGUUCCUGAUGAAAUGGUACCAUUGGAGUGUGGAGUAUUUCGAAGAUCUCCGCAACAUCAAUCACUGCGAGUUCGUGAUCAUGACCCACAACCCGGACAAUGGAAAGUAUACACUUGAAAACAAGCUGCGGACAUGGUCUGAUCUCCGCAAGGAACGGAGCCUCGAGAAGCAGCGCGAGCGGGCGGCAAGUGGGCUUGACCCUGCCAGUCCCACCUCUCCCGUGGAUCACAUUCCAAUUCGCAGGAAAUGGGGCGGUUGUCCUGAUGGAUGCACCCAUGGCCUUUCUCCAGAAAGCAAACGGUCCCUGCGAACACACGUACUGGACUCAAUGCACCAUGAAAAUGGGCAUUCCCGAGGCAUCACCAACACGCAUCCUGAGCAGCCCUCGCCUCUCAAAAAUACCUCCACUACUUCUGACAGCUUAGACGCGCCAUUCACCUGCUCCGAAGAUCACAAGUCUCCUCAAGAUACCGAGAAUAGUACCAACGCCCACGGACCGAUUGAUCACAACUCCCAAUCAAAUAAGCAUCUCGCAAUCGAGACCCUUGGGACCUAUGGCUCAAGUCAACCGUCCACCACCAACACCAACAGCGCCCCGGUCCCACGCCGACCCAAUCUCCACGACCUCCACCGCGAUAGUGAUGACCAUCUCUUGCACCGCCCAAUAUCCCACAACUCCACCGCCUCCAUCAAUCUCGCCCUCCUCCAUCUUGGCGGCCGUGACGGCGGCGGCUCCCGCAGCGGCGCCAACAGCCUCGCCCCCUCCGACGACGAGACCGACGACGUCCACCCCCCAGCAGCCAGCAGCAACACUUCAGCCUCGCCCCCGGGGCUAAGCCACCCAUACCAAAGCCUUGCGCAACAGCCCUCGCAAGACCUGUCCUCCGAUGGCGACGACGAGCUGAGCACGCACCCAGCUGCGAAGACCAAGCGCCGGCCCCACCAUCACCACCAUCACCAUUACCAACCCCACCCCCACCACCAUACGCACCACCGGCACUCGUCGUCGACGGCCUCCCAGCCUCACCGGAUGGCGAACAUUCUCGGCGACGGGGACGACGGGAUCUCAACGCAAGACGAGGCCGGCGCUGCCCCGGACGAAACCUCUCUCGAGGCAGAGCAGCGUGAGGACCAAAGUAUCCAGGGAAGUGUGUACUAA